AUGGUGUACAUCGCCACCGACAGAUAUGUUGCCGUAGUACGGCCUUCACACUUGAAAAUUGGAGGGCGAUUAGCCGCCACGUUUAUUAUCAUCGCAUGGUUAUUGGCGUUAGUCGUUUCCAUUCCUUGGGAUGUCCAGUCGGAACAUUUGAGCCUUAUAGCAGAACCAGAGACUGGAAAACAGACCGUAGUGUGUCGUAAUUUUCUCCCGCCUCCGUCUAGAAAUGAGAUACAUCGCUACAUAGUAACAGUUACUCUGGGACAAGUUCUACCUCUCAUAUGCACCCUCUACUGCCUUGUGAUAAUAUCUAGCAAAGUGUACUCUGUACAUGUUAAGAUAAGACCGUCUGUUGUGCCAUUAAGCCAUCUGCUGUUCCACUCUGAGAUGCGAACAGCCACAACUGUGAUCAUCAUGAUAUCCCUACACGUCCUGUGCUGGCUACCGUAUAUAGUGCUCACCGUUAUGUCCUGUAUUAGCAGUCUGUACCUUCCGGAGUUCUGGUACGACCUCGCCAUUUGGCUCACCUGGGUUAACAAAGCCGUCAAUCCAACAAUAUACGCACUGAGGAACAAGACUGUGUCCCAGUAUUUUAGGGUAUGUGUUUGUUGUUUUCGACGAAGGAAAGUUAGACGACCUGAUAUAUACAAAUGGACAGAGCAGCGCCCAAGAGCCACAAGCAUUGCCUCUGAGAACAGGUUACAGCCUUACAGCCCCAACAUCUUCUUCGCUCGUUCCAGUGUUGACAGUGACAUUGCGCUGACAUCCGCUUCUGGUGACAUGAGGCAGUCCAGUAUUUACUGA